UUAAAAGUGACGGUGUUAGCCAGGAAAUGGAUGGAGGGACAAAAUUGAUCACUUUUCAAAUAGUAAAGGGAGGACAUAGGAACUCAAAAUGAAGUAGAGGGACGACCAAGAGUUAAAUUUAACUUUUCCAUAGAGUAGAGGGAUGACAGUUGGCCUUAGUCCCAUCCAACCGGUCGGUCGACCGAUCGCAAGAGUACCGAUUACCGAACGAUCGCGCGAUUCCCCAACACGCUGUCGCGCGAUUUUUACUGUUCCUAACGAAAAUUACAAAAUUACCCCUUCCCUCUUCAUUUUUCUUUCCAGUCGCUUCUCUCCUUGGUAUCCAUCCUCUUCUCCGGCACCGGCGCUAUUUCUUUCUGAUACCUCCGUUGUUCUCUUUGUUUCUUGCUCUCAUGGCACGAGGACAGUGGCAGGAGGGAACCCAGAUCUGGAUUUGCUCGUCUUCACGAACCUAGAUAUGAGUUCAAUCCCUACGUUUUCUCUCAAAUACUGUUGUUACGAGAGCGGGGCGGAUGAAGGUCGAUGAUUUUGCCGAAUAAGAGAAUAAUGUGUUAUAACCAGAUCUGAGUUAUUUUAUUGAAUUAAAUCUGCUUUUCCUUUUCUAGCAAUUAUUGAAUAAAUUCAGAUAGGCUUUUGAAAUGGAUGGGUCUGUUGGAUCUUGAUCGGGGAGAUUGAGUCUAGCGUAGGAAAGGUAGAGAAUGUCGGUUUCCACAGGCCGAUCUCUGGUUUGCUUGUUUUUAUCUGGCAAAAAUUCAGAUAAAAGUUGCCACCAUCA